AUGGCAUGGCCAUCCCCAACCUCCGCCGGCGCAGACCCCUCCAACCAGUACAUGGCCGAACAGCAGCAAUACCAACAACUUACAAGCAACAUGAAUAACCCGUCGACCACAACCCCCUACAGCCACGACCCUGUUACCAGCGAAGAAAUUGCCGGAGAAUACGAAUUCAACACUUCACACCAUCCGGGACCUCAAGGAACUUAUUUAACAGCAAUGGGUUUCCAGCUGCCCCAACAGACAAGCCUAGGCGGUCCCAGCAGUGGUCCCAGCGGUCAUAGUCCGGCGCGCGUCGUCGCUCGUCCCUACGCGCAAUCGCCACAAGGACAUCAACAACAAGUAGGAGGAUCAGGAGGAUCGGGAGGAUCAGGAAAUGGCAGCGGCAGUGGUGUAGCCCCCAGUAAAUCCAUGCUAGAAACAAGGAAGAGUCUACAAGCGCGAGGCAAGAACUACCAUUUUGGUUCUGGCGGGCCGCAGGGGAGGGAGUGGGAGGAGAGGCAGAGGAGGGACGAGGCAGUUAGUAUAUUAGAGAGCGAAGAGAUGAUUAUGUGGAUCGCGGGGGUGAGAAAUGAGAGUAUACCGCAAACGCGUGCGCACUACCGGAAUAUCGUCCUCGGUCUUACACAGUGGGAGAAAGAUGAUGUGGCUUGGCGUGAUGAAUGGGAGCUCCAAGGUAUGGGGGGUGGAUCUGCAGAAGGGCAGAGUAUGACGGGCGGGAGUCCAGCGAGGAGUGGAAAGGGCAAGGAGAGGGAUGUUGCUAAGAUGAGGAAGAGGGUCAGUUCUGGACAAGGACAUGGUUGA